UAGCUUUUAUUCUGUCAUAAUCUUCUUGCAGUUAUGGUGAAAUUAACGACAGAUAUUAUAGAAAGAAAAUAUUCUCAAAUAUUGACUAGUAAAUCACUCAGUAAAACAAUAAAAAAAGAAGAGUUGCGGAAAUUAACUCAUUUACAUAUGAAUGACAUGUUCAUCAGCAGUAUUGGCGACCUCGAUAUUCAUAAAAGCUUGCAAGUCAUAUAUCUACAGAAUAAUAAUAUAUCAAAAAUAAAGAAUUUACAUUUCGCGUGCAAUUUGACGCAUUUAUAUUUACAACAUAAUAAUAUAAUAAAAAUAGAAAAUUUGGAAUCUCUACAGAAUCUGCAAAAGCUUUAUCUAGGGUAUAAUAAUAUCAUAAUAAUUGAAGGAUUAGAAAAUACAAAACAAUUACAAGAAUUGCAUGUUGAAAAUCAAAAAAUACCAUUUGGUGAAUCAUUGUGCUUUGAACCACGUAGUGCUUUUGCUUUAUCUAUGUGUCUAAAAGUUCUUAAUAUUUCUGACAAUAAAAUUACAUCCUUAAAAAACUUAAUAGGAUUUCAGGAAUUAAAUAUAUUGGAGGCAAAAAAUAAUCUCUUGAAUAAUAUGGAUGAUUUAACUAGAACAAUAAAUACCUUAUCAUCCUUGAAAGAUCUGUUCUUGCAAGGCAAUCCUGUUACACAGUCUUAUAGAUACAGGGAAAAUCUGAUUGCCAACAGCAUUUUGUUGGCUAAUCUUGAUGGAAAAAUUGUGACCGAUACUUGCCGAAAUUUUAUGAAAAGAUUUAAAAUGGAGAAACAUAAUCGACAUGUAAAAAAGGCAAUUAAAACUCCAUUAGCAAAUGAUAUAACAAGUUCUCUGAACUUGCCACCAGCUUUCAAAAGAUCUAUAUCAAGAGCAAUUUUUCAAGAUCCUGGAUCACAAUUAUCUAUAAAGAUUACUCCUGAAUCAAUAGGAAGCCAACACGUGUUUCCUCCUUGGAAAUCAAUAAAAAAAAGACAGAAAUGAUUAUUAUCAUUUCACUCUCUAUAUAUAAAUAGCAUAUUUUUGCAUACAGUAUUAGCAUCAGAAAUAUCAAGGAUAAUCAUAUAGCCAGGCAAUUCUAGAGUAAUAUAACUAAAGCAAGGGGACACAAUUUAUCAUCAAUGAAAAAAUCGCAUUACCACUUACUUCUUUUUGUCGAUCAAAUCAUGAAAUAGAUGUUUCAAAAGAGACCUUAUAAAUUAAAAAACAGUUAUUCUGUAGAUAUGUAAAUAAAACAAAGUAUUUAAAUGUGUCAAAAUAUUAUCUCUAGGACAAAACAAUUUUACAAAAAUAUAAGUAAUACACUGUACCACAAUAUACAAGUAAAUUAAUUAUGUAGCAAAUAUACUUUACCAUUAUUUAUUAUCUCUAUUCUUUGUUUAAAACUUUUUUUUAAAAGAUUCUAUUUUUCUCCUUUUAUAUAUAUGUGCAUGUGCAUAAGUGCGUGGACAUGUAAUAUACAAGCAUUAAUUACUAAUUGUAAUUCGAAAAUACGCGAAAUAACUAAUAAUUGCUUCCUCCUUAAAUUGGGAACUUGUCCAUUAAAUAAAUGAAUAUAAUCUUGAUUCAUUCUGAACUUCUAUCCAAAAAAUUGUUACACGAAGAAGUAUUGCUCUCUUUAAU